AUGGCAACUGCAAUGCCAUAUCAGGUGCAACCACCAGAGAAGUUUAACUUCAAACCAGAUGACUGGCCGAAAUGGAAACGACGUUUUAAUAGGUUCAGGGAGGCAUCUGGGCUUUCGACUAAGUCACAGGAAAACCAAGUAAAUACGUUGAUUUACUGUAUGGGCGACGAAGCUGAUGACAUUUUAAACUCAAUAACAUUAACGGAUGACGAUAGGCGGUCAUAUGAUGUCAUCGUAGAAAAACUUGAGAGUUACUUUUUGCCAAAAAGGAAUGUUAUAUUCGAGAGAGCUAAGUUUAAUCAAAGGCGACAGUCAGAGACUGAGUCGGUGGAUCAGUUCAUAACUGAUUUGUUUAGCUUAGCAGAACAUUGUCAAUUCGGAAACUUAAAGGAUGAGUUGAUCCGGGACAGAAUCGUUGUUGGCAUAAAGGACACUAAGCUAGCUGAGAAAAUGCAGCUCAACUCUAACUUGACAUUGACUAAAGCUAUGACAAUGGUCAGACAAUGUGAAAGCGUUAAAGCACAACAAACUGUGUUAAGGGGCACUGAGCUAGGCAGCACCGCGGAAGUCGCGAAAGUAGGUGGUUCUGAUAAACCUACAAGUAGUAAAGGUGGACACAAGAAACCAGGUUGGGUGAAACAGCAUCAGCGAAAGGGAAACCCAGGUGGGAGAACUAAAUCACAAUGGAAAAACAAGGACGGGAAGUGUCAUAGGUGUGGCAAGACUCCAAGUCAUAGUAAACAGAAUUGCCCAGCGAAGGACGCUGAGUGUCAUAAAUGCAAAUUUACUGGUCAUUAUCAGAAAAUGUGUAAAAACUCUAAAACUGUCAGUGAAAUCCAAGAAGAAGGUAUAUUUCUAGGUGCAGUUAACAGUAAGUUACACAAUGGCUGGGUGAGUGCCGUUAAACUUGGAAGCACCAAGGUUAAUUGGAAAAUAGACACUGGAGCGGAAGUCUCUUGUAUCCCGUAUGGCAUUUACACUAGGAAUAAAGCGUCGCUAGGGAAGCUACACCAGCCAGACCGGAAGCUAUUCGGUGCUGGAGGGAAUGAACUUCAGGUGAAGGGUGUCAUUCUAACCAGGCUACAAAAACGUGAUGUCAAGGUUGACUCUGUAGUCUAUGUCGUUGAUGGACUUAAAAAUCCAUUACUAGGACAACCAGCGAUCCGUGCAUUGAAGCUUGUGUCUGUUGUAGAAUCAGUUGAUAGUGAGAGUGCUGAUAUCAAGAACAUUAAGGCCAAAUACCCAAAGUUGUUUUCAGGACUGGGAAAACUUAAAGGGGACUACACCAUAAAGCUAAAAGAUGGUGCUGAGCCCUAUGCUAUUUCUGCGGCUAGACGAAUUGCCAUUCCACUUUUAACAAGGACCAAGACGGAACUCGAAAGGAUGGCAAACAUAGGGGUUGUCUCAGAGGUGAGAGAGCCAACGGAUUGGUGUGCUGGCAUGGUUGUAGUACCAAAAUCGAACGGUUCUGUAAGAAUAUGUGUGGACCUGACUAAACUUAAUGAAAGUGUCUGUCGUGAAAGGCAUCAAAUGCCAUCUGUUGAUUAUACUUUGGCACAGUUAAAGGGUGCAAAGGUCUUUAGUAAGCUAGAUGCAAAUUCUGGGUUCUGGCAGAUCCCAUUGGAUCCCGAGAGUAGAAAGCUCACAACGUUCAUGACCCCAUGGGGCAGGUACUGUUUCAAUAGACUCCCCUAUGGAAUCUCAUCGGGACCCGAACUCUUUCAAAAGCGAAUGCAGGAAAUUCUUGAAGGACUUGACGGCGUUCUAGUUGAAAUUGACGACAUACUUGUCUAUGGUAUGGAUCAGCAGGAACACGAUAGGAGGUUACACGCAGUGUUAAACAGACUCAUGGAAUCGGGAGUAACUCUGAAUGGACCGAAGUGUGAGAUCUCUAAGGAGAAACUGUUGUAUUUAGCACACAUACUUGAUAGUGAAGGCAUUAGGCCUGACCCAAGGAAAAUCAAGGCAGUACAGGAUUUUCCAGAGCCAAACAAUGUGCCAGAACUCAGGAGAUUUCUUGGCAUGAUAACCUAUCUAGGGAGAUUUAUACCGAACUUAGCGAGUAAGACUGAACCUUUACGUUGUCUUAUGAGUAAGAAAAACAGCUGGGUCUGGGAAGGUCCCCAGAAAGGAGCAUUUGCAAGCUUGAAAGCAGAGCUAAUAUCUCCACCGUUACUUGCGCAUUACGAUCCGGAGAAGGAAACCAUAGUCUCAGCGGAUGCUUCCUCUUAUGGAUUAGGAGGAGUUAUUCUACAGGUUCAUGAGAAAGGGGUUAAAAGACCUGUAGCAUAUGCGUCAAGGACUUUAAAUGACACUGAGAAGCGUUAUGCACAAAUCGAGAAAGAGGCGUUAGCGGCCACAUGGGCUUGCGAGAGAUUUUCGGACUAUGUGCUAGGGAAAACAUUCUCAUUGGAGACAGAUCAUAAGCCUUUAGUUCCACUGCUAGGAGGAGGCAAGAGCCUCGAAAUGCUGCCAGCCAGAGUGCAGAGAUUCAAAAUGAGACUUAUGAAAUACUCGUACCAAAUCAAACAUGUGCCGGGAAAGGAACUCUACAUAGCAGAUGCUCUUUCGAGGGCACCCCUUCAAAGGGAACGAUCUGAGGCAGUCAUUACACACUUGAAAAACAUGUUUGCCAGGCAUGGAAUUCCGGAGAGACUGAGGAGUGAUAACGGACCUCAGUAUGACUCUCAGGACUUCAGAUGUUUUGCCAAUAAGUUUGAAUUCGAACAUGUGACGAGCAGCCCUUUAUACCCACAAGGGAAUGGAGAAGCUGAGAGAGCGGUGCAAACGGUUAAAAACUUGAUCAAGAAGUCAAAGGACUUCACAUUAGCAUUGCUAGCGUACCGUUCAACUCCAUUGCAAAAUGGGUACAGCCCGAGUGAACUGUUAAUGGGCAGGAGAUUGCGGAACACACUUCCUCAGCAUCAUUCGAAGUUGGAGCCAAAGUGGUCUUAUGGUGACUUGAGGAAAAAGGAGGAGGAGUAUAGGAGAAAAAUGACUUUGAAUGCUGAUAAACAUCACGCAGCCAGAUCACUGCCACAGCUAGGCAUAGGAGACACUGUGUGGAUUCCUGAUAAGGAGGUCACUGGUUCAAUCUCAGGACAUGCUGAGACUCCACGUUCUUAUGUGGUGACGACACCAAAGGGAACAUUUAGGAGAAAUAGGCGGAGCUUAUGCCAAUUGGCACCGUCUUUGAAUACUGAUCAGGACAGUCAGGUUGCUCCAGACAUUUCAGAUCAUUCAUCUGUGAGCAAUGGUGAAUCAGGAACAGUUGCAGUAGAAACAUCACAGAAUGAUACUAGUAAUUCUGCAGGACAAUCCACUCCGAGACCACCAGUUGUCACAACCAGAUCUGGUAGAAUUUCAAAGCCAGCAGUCAGACUUGAUCUGUAG